CGUGACGCCGGACGCGCCGCCUGAUGCCGCGGCCCCGCCGCCCCAGCGCUGCUUUCUCCGACGCCCGGCCGCGAGCAGAUGCAUCACAGGAUGAAUGAAAUGAACCUGAGCCCAGUGGGGAUGGAGCAACUGACUUCAUCCUCUGUGAGCAAUGCCUUGCCAGUCUCAGGAAGUCACCUGGGCUUGGCUGCCUCCCCCACUCACAGUGCCAUCCCUGCCCCAGGUAUUCUUUCUUAUUUAGCUGACAGGCCACCUCCUCAGUACAUCCACCCCAACUCUAUAAAUGUGGAUGGUAACACAGCACUAUCGAUUGCCAAUAACCCUUCAGCGCUAGAUCCCUAUCAGUCCAAUGGAAAUGUUGGAUUAGAACCAGGCAUUGUUUCAAUAGACUCACGUUCUGUGAACACACAUGGUGCCCAGAGUCUUCAUCCUAGUGAUGGCCAUGAGGUGGCGUUGGACACAACAAUCACUAUGGAGAAUGUUUCCCGGGUUACCAGCCCAAUCUCUACAGAUGGAAUGGCAGAGGAGCUUACAAUCGAUGGUGUUGCAGGCGAGCAUUCUCAAAUUCCAAAUGGCUCCAGAAGUCAUGAACCUCUGUCCGUGGAUUCUGUGAGCAACAACCUGACAGCAGACCCUGUAGGACAUGGCGGAGUGCUACCUAUUCAUGGGAAUGGACUGGAGCUCCCUGUGGUCAUGGAGACAGACCACAUUGCAAGUCGGGUCAGCGGGAUGUCGGACAGUGCCCUCAGUGACUCCAUCCACACCGUGGCUAUGAGCACCAACUCUGUAAGCGUGGCACUCUCUACCUCACACAACCUUGCUUCCCUAGAAUCUGUUUCCCUUCAUGAAGUUGGCCUCAGCCUAGAACCUGUGGCUGUCUCCUCCAUCACCCAGGAGGUUGCUAUGGGAACAGGUCAUGUAGAUGUAUCUUCAGACAGUCUUUCUUUUGUACCAUCUUCACUGCAAAUGGAAGACUCCAAUUCAAACAAGGAAAACAUGGCAACCUUGUUUACAAUUUGGUGUACUCUCUGUGACCGAGCCUACCCCUCAGACUGCCCUGAACACGGACCAGUGACUUUUGUUCCUGAUACUCCAAUAGAGAGCAGAGCACGACUUUCGCUCCCAAAGCAGCUGGUUCUACGCCAGUCAAUUGUGGGAGCAGAAGUUGGGAAUAUUUGUGUUGUCUGGUGGAACCGUGAAGAACAGAAUUUGGUUGCUUAUCCCCAUGAUGGAAAAAUCUAUUUCUGCACCUCACAAGACAUCCCACCUGAAAACGAGCUGCUCUUCUAUUAUAGUCGGGACUAUGCUCAGCAGAUGGGUGUUCCUGAACACCCUGAUGUGCACCUCUGUAACUGUGGCAAGGAGUGCAGUUCCUAUUCAGAGUUCAAAGCUCACCUGACCAGCCACAUCCAUAAUCAUCUCCCUGGUCAGGGCCACAGCAACAGCCAUGGGCCAGGCCACAGCAAAGAACGGAAGUGGAAGUGCUCCAUGUGCCCGCAGGCUUUUAUCUCUCCUUCCAAGCUCCAUGUGCACAUCAUGGGCCACAUGGGAAUGAAGCCCCACAAGUGUGAUUUCUGUAGCAAGGCCUUCAGUGACCCAAGCAACCUGCGGACCCACCUCAAGAUACACACAGGCCAGAAGAACUACAGGUGUAGUUUAUGUGACAAGUCUUUCACUCAGAAGGCGCAUCUGGAGUCACACAUGGUCAUUCAUACCGGGGAGAAGAAUCUCAAGUGUGAUUACUGUGACAAGCUCUUCAUGCGGAGGCAGGACCUCAAGCAGCACGUGCUCAUCCACACGCAAGAGCGCCAGAUCAAGUGUCCCAAGUGUGAUAAACUGUUCUUGAGAACGAAUCACUUGAAGAAGCACCUCAAUUCUCAUGAAGGAAAGCGGGAUUAUGUCUGUGAAAAAUGUACGAAAGCUUAUCUUACCAAAUACCAUCUUACCCGCCACUUGAAAACCUGCAAAGGACCCACCUCCAGCUCCUCAGCACAGGACGAGGACGACGACGACUCUGAGGAAGAAGACCUUGCAGACGCUGUGGGGUCAGAAGACUGUAGGAUUAGCAGUGCUUUAUAUUCAGCAGAAGAGUCUCUUGCUGCACAUAAAUGAAAGAGAACGCAGUUGCUUUGGACGGAAACACAAAGGGAAAGACACACAUUAGGCAGUUACCCACUACAGUGGUUUUGAUCCAAAAUGGUUUCUGAUUUCCUUCCAGCCAGCAGUUAAAACAAAACUGGGAAUGGAUAAAGCACUUACAAAGGUGUCUGAGUGGAAACACAGUGAAGGAUGGGCGGGCAAGGGCCAACUUUGGAGUUCUUUUAUGUACUUAGUUUUGGAAAUGCUUCAGAGUAGCCUUCUGCUCAAGAAAAUCCGAUUUAUUUCAGACUCUCACACUCUGUUUUUCUCUCAGUCCUAUGACAUAUUAACCUCUAAAUUCGAUUGCUGCCCCACUGCCAUCCACUUGCUGACGGUCAUUUAUGCAGAUGUGCGCCUUACACGUUGCACAGUGGGCUGAAGCAGAGCAGUGGAACCAUGAAGCAUGAACUGUAAUCACAGAUUCAAAGCAGCCCCUGUGCUAGCCUCUCCUGGCCCAUUUGGGAGUUACAUCUUGCUUCCUGAAUGUCCAGCAGGUUCCUAGAGGGCAGGUAGAAAAGGAGCUGUCAGCCAAUGAGUAAUGAUAGAGGAAAGGAAGGGAGGAGGGGCCAUGCAGGAGUUAGUGUUAAUGGAAGCCAGGUAGAGUCACCUGGUUAAUGUUAUGUGGCGCUCUUUGUAAGUUUAUCCAUGUCUCUCUCCCAUAGAACCUUGAGUCAUUUAAAGAGGGUCUAAAUUGUCUCUUGGUGGCCCGUGGACUCACCAGAGUGGUAUCUCAGCCCAUGGAAGGGAAGGAAGGGAGUACUUUGGUUUGCUCCUUGAGAAGUAGAUAGAGGACAUUAAAUGUUGCCAACUGAAAGCAACAGAAUACUCCAAGUGCAUUGGGACAUUUGCAGGGUUAGGUCUUUGCAGCUCUGCCAAAGGACCUGACCAGCUGAGCAUGGAGGAUGCCAGUGGACUCAGAAGGUGACGGCUCAGUGGUCACCACCACCCAGGCCUGUGCCCAGGUCCCUGUGAGCAGGCAGAUGCAGCUUUCGUGAAGAAGCACGCAUGCUCCAGUGACAGCAGAUAGGACAUCCCUCCUAACUGAAGGCACAACUUCUGGACCAGAGGACUCUGGGGAGAAGGUUUUGCUGCUAAUGUAUUUAUGGAACGAAUGUAUUUCAUUCAAAUCUGUAUUCCUCUAGAAAGGAUUAAAAUAAUUUUUUUUAAAU